AUGUUACUGAAUGUGAACUGUUGCUGAUACAUUUCAUAAGGACCACUUCAUUCACUUCACUUCCUCUUCUGCUUCAUUUUAACACUCUCAGGGCGGUUCACACUUGCACCGCUUUCACAGCACCACAGUUCAGCAUAAAAUGGACACACUUCAAGGUGGCAAGGCAUUUGGUCUGCUCAAAUCUCAACAAGAAGAAAAACUUAACUCUAUCAAUGAAGCUUUUCUAUCUGACGAAAAAUAUGCAGAAGAGGAAGAACUUGCCUCAAAACUGGAACUGUUUAAAAAGAAAUACAUGGAAUUUGACCUCAACGACAAUGGCGAAAUUGACCUAAUGGGUUUAAAGCGGAUGCUUGAGAAACUUGGAUUGGCCAAGACACAUUUAGAACUGAAGAAGAUGAUGUCAGAAGUGGCUGGAGGGUCGUCAAAGGACACCAUAUGCUACCAUGACUUCCUCAACAUGAUGUUGGGAAAGAGGAAUGCUAUUUUAAAGUUGAUCCUGAUGUUUGAAGGCAUGGGAAAGGAGCAGGAACCAAAACAAUCUGGUCCACCGUGUCGGAAAACCUUCUCAGACCUGCCUUGAAAGAGAACUCACUUAAUCAGCAAUAACAUUUAAAAUGUGGCUUUGUUGUAAACCUACUGAACAUUUACUGACAAAAGUAGGUGAACAAACCAGACAAAUGUUGCAAUUGUGUUUAAUACACUGCUUCUCAUAAUGGAACUAAGUUAGUUAGGGACUGAACUGGCAUUAUAAGUAGGCUAGUCUUUGUACCCCUACACUUUUUGUUUGCAUCUCUAUGCAAUUCUGAAAACAAAUACUAAACUAUAUUUAUAUUGACUGAAUGAUGAGUUGGAACAAACUAUCCAAUAAAAUAUGCACUGAUUGAUACAGACA